AUAGGAGGGGAGGGGAUCAGGGUGCGAGGGGGAGCGGCGAGAAAAGAGAGGGAGAGAGAGAGGGAGGGAGGGAGUGGGGGCAGGGGGCGAGGAGAUAGAGUCGGGAGGAGAGCGAUUUGUGACGGACGUGCGCUGGCCAUGAUGUUCUCUUUGGUGGUAUUCAAGCGACGCCGUUGGCUGCGGAGCAGAAAGGCCGCCGAGACUCUGCAACAAUCUUGGUUGCCAGAGUUUGCACUUCGGGGCUUGCAGGCGACAAACAUCUUAGAAGAUGUGUCAUCGUUCAACCUGUCUGUGGUCAAUUAAGUUCGAAAAUCUACCAUUAAUCGCUGGAUGAGACCGAGUGUUGAAACUCCUUUCCCGCGGAGUAUACCUCUAUCUAUGGAAAUUCCAACCUGUUUCGGUGGCGGGGUACACUUUCGUCACAAUCUGGCCGAGAAAUACGUGGGACAUGCGAGGCUGCUGAUGCCGAGCCAAGACCCGGCGGACGUAUGCGCAGCCAUCAGCCUGCUGGACGCGGCUCUGAAGCUGUCACCGCAAUGGGAGAAAGCGCUGGAGCUGAAGGCGAGGGCGCUGCUGAGCUUGAGGCGAUUCAAAGAAGUGGCCCACAUGCUGCAGGACUACAUUCCGAGCGCCAAGCUUGGCAGCGAGGCCUCGCCCCCGGAGAGCCCCCUGUUCGGGAAGGACAAGGUGCAGCUGCUCUCGAGCUACAUCGCCGAGGAGAAAUCCAAGAGGAGGUCGCUCAUGAAGUACCUAGCCGUGAGCAAAUUGAAAAAGAUCCUCAUCACGGGCCUCUCGAGGCGCGGGGAGCGCAACGAGUGGCGCUAUCUUGUGCUGGGCCAGGCCUGCUGCCAUCUGGGCAUGAUGGAGGACGCCAUGGUUCUGCUGCAGAACGGCAAGAAGGCAGCGUGCGCCGCUUUCCGGCGGGAAAGCAUUAGCCUGGGCGAGGACAGCUUCUGCGCCGACGCAUUCGCGGGGCCCGAUUCAGAUUUCGUUAGCCACCUUCUCGGUAACAUCAAGUUUCUGCUCCGGAGAAGAGCUGCGGCUCUGGCCGCCAUGGAAGCCGGGCUGUACCCUGAAGCCGUGCGCCAUUUUUCCAAGAUCUUAGACGGGCGCCGUGGAACGCCCCAGGGAUUCAUUGCCGAGUGCUAUCUUUACCGAGCCUUGGCUCAUAAGGCGUCCGGGAGAAUCCCGGACGCCAUUGCGGAUUGCAACAGGACUCUGGCUUUGGACCCCACUUGCGUCGAGGCGCUGAGCACCCGCGCUUCUCUCUACGAAAUGAUCAGGUGCUUUUACGAAGCGCUGCAAGAUUAUAAACAGCUUAAGGGUCUGUACGAUGCUCUGGCCCAGCACCAGAGGCUACCCAGGUGCGCAUGGAGAUUUCCUCAGAACAGCAGCUACAUGGACGUGCCGAGCAGUCUGUAUCAACUCGACAUUAAAAUAAGCGGCGUGAAGCAGAGGCUGGAAAGUCGAUAUACCAUUGACUACCAUACAAUUCUGGGUCUGACACCCGGCUGUACGAAGAAUGAGGUCGAAAGGGCCCAUCUCUUGAUCUGCCUCAAGCACCGGCCUGACAAAGCCUCACAUUUUAUUGAUAGGUGCGAAUUCGUGGACGACAGGGAUAUCGAAGCUGUGAAAGAAGAAGCCCGUCUCGCCGCCACCAGACUAUUCCGCCUUAUUCAAAGCGCGCAUUCCGGCGUCAUGCAUGGCCUGGUCGAGGAAGAAAACGAGAAGCGAAAGAGGUCCUUGCGCUGCCUUCAGUACGCUGCCGAAGGCGCAGCCGGGGCAUCACGAGCAUCCCUCCCAGCCCAAGCCCAAACAGUGGAGGACGUCGCUGUGGAGGAAAGAGUGGAGUCCGGUACCACUGGGAAUAAGAGUAUCGAGGAGGACAUUGUUCCCGGCCCCACUCCAUCAUCGUGGUCCACCAGUGAGGAAGCUUGCUCUCUCGUCCCCGCUUCCUCCUGCAGUAUGGAGAAUUCUCAGUGUGAGGCCGAUCUGGAAGUCUUUAUGCCCAGAGGCGAUGAGGAAAUGGAUAGGCAGCACGAGCAGCAACUUGUAAAUAAUAUUUCCCACUCAGGCAAGAUUGCCGUGAGCCAACAGCCGGCCGGCUCCGUCAGUGCGUCGGUGAACUCUCAUCAGCAGCAGACUGGGAUGGCGAUUGAAAGUGUCGAAACAGCAGCUGUGGUGCAUACGGCUCAAAGUGCUGUGUGUUUGUCAGCUUCCGAGUGCGCUUCCGCCGAGGCCAAGCCGGCACCUGCUCUUACAGCAUGCCGCGAGGUGCUCGCUGUGGAGACCAAGCUGGCUAUUGUCUUGUCUCCUAGCAACUGGAUCAAUUCUUCGGAAGGAAAUUGUUGGACGUUCCAAAACCAUCACACCCCGAUGCCCCUGCAGGUCACCUGAGAAGAUGAUGAGAGGCUGGGUGGGCUUUGUUCCACAUAGUACUGUGUUUCCUCGCCUUUCAGCACUAGAAUAUCUUGGAUGAGGUUGGAGGAUUUUGGUCCAAGCGGCCAAGCAGCGCGUUGCCUGAAAUGUUACUGAGUGCGAAUUGGGAACUCCAGGACGUCCUAUGUUUACUCAGCUUGAUAUUGGAACUCCAUCCAAUGUAACUUCACCGCGACUUGCUGUGAGAAACGUUGAAUUCAUGAGUCCUCUCAGUCAGUCUCCCACCUCGUGAUUCUUUGAAGGAUCUCCAUUGAGCUGCGGAUUGCUGCUGGGGGACCUGGGAGAGAGAUCCAUGGACCCUGAAAGGCACUGAUUGUGUCUUCGCGAGGAAGGGGGACAUAGAACGACUGUGAUCUACAUCGACGAGGCUGCGAAAACCCUCAGUGAAAGUUUUUCGAAAACGGGAGUUUGACAUGAGGUCUGAGGAUUAUAGAAAAAACACUGUCUCGGCUCGCACCCCUGGCUGGGAGUGGGAAUUUUGAGCUCGAUCACACUGCUCAUGCCACUUCUCAAGCUCAUGUUACCUACCAAUUCCACUGACUCAUUCUCGACAAUAGCUUCAUUCACCGGAUGGAUUAUUAUCUACCCUUUUAGUAGAUGAAGACGCAAGUCUAGUUCUACUCACAUCUCGUGACGUGUUGUCUCUCGCGUACCACCAGCAGAACCAGCAUGGAUGGUAUAGGUAGUUAACGCCAUGCGCAUUUUGUCAAGUGUAAUAUACGUAGGUCAUCUCUGCAGCAGCUGCAGUUUCCCGAUUUUUGGUCCGAAGAGCGAGCACUUGUGAAAGAUGAGUGCUCGAUUAUCACUCUGGCCUCUGCCAUCGUUAUUUCAACUUCAGGCAUCCGACCCGACCAGGUUGUAGCAUCCCGAGCAUAUAAAGCAGUAUUUCCCGAAGGCGAGGAAACUCUGGACAGGAAUCUAGUGUCUGCGUCACUCCUCUCCACCUGUACAUGGACUGUCUCUUCGGCCGCAGACUAUCUUUAGUAGCUUUACAUCUGUAAUUUACACUCUUUCGGUCAGGUAAUGUGAAGGAUUUCAUUCUGGGCUGUAGUUGCCCUCUCUCCGCCCUAUAAUACUUAGUAAUAUGAAGGUUUUCAUUCUGGGCUGUUCGCAUACACUUGCGUGCUUGCGAACUCCACAUUUUGAUUUCCGUUUGUCUUUGUUUAU